AUGCAUAGAAUGGAUGGACUAAGAACAUCUGAAGAAUUAGAAUUGACGAACGCAGUAGACAAAUUAGCAGAAAAGACACCACCUAAGGAUGGAAUGUCAGAAGUGCUUACGGACAAAAAAGCUGAUGACGCAGUACCAGAACAGAAUAAAAAUAUAUCGACGAACAGAGUUCAAUGGCGAUACACAAUCAACAUAAAUCCUUGGGCUAAGGAAUUUACCCCUAUUAGUCAGAGUAAUUCCACUUUGGACGACGAUAGCAAUCGAUUGAUUAGGAGUGAUUACGAACGACAAACAUUCAAGCUAAAUCCGAUAGCUGAGGAUUUUUCAUGUACAAUUCAACCCAUCAAUUUGAACAAAAAUCUUUUAUCUAAAAAGAUCUACAAUCCCAAAAUUAACGAGUUGCCGUUGUACGAGUCUGUUGCUUGUCAGAGUAACUCUAAUUUUGAUGACGAUAGUAAUCAAUUGAUAAAGAGUGAUAACGAACGACCAGGAUUUAAGUUAAAUCCGAUGGCUGGGGAGUACAUCCCACUUUGUCAGAUCAAUUCUACAUUAGAAGAAGAUAUCAAUGAAUUAAGAAGUAUUAACGAACGUCCAACAAUUAACCUAAAUCCGAUGACCAAGGAGUUCAUCCCAAUUCGUCAGAUCAACUCUACAUUAGAAGAAGAUAUCAAUGAAUUAGUAAGGAUUGAUAACGAACGACCAACAUUUAAGCUAAAUCCGAUGAUCAAGGAGUUCAUCCCAAUUCGUAAGAUCAACUCUACAUUAGCAGAAGAAAUCAAUGAAUUAAGAAGUAUUAAUGAACGUCCAACAUUUAAGCUAAAUCCGAUAACUGGGGAGUACAUCCCGCUUUGUCAGAUCAAUUCUACAUUAGAAGAAGAAAUCAAUGAAUUAAGAAGUAUUAACGAACGUCCAACAAUUAACCUAAAUCCGAUGGCUGGGGAGUAUAUCCCGCUUUGUCAGCGUAAUUCUACUUUUGAUGACGAUAGUAAUCUAUUGACAAGGAGUGAUAACGAACGACUAACAUUUAAGCUAAAUCCGAUGAUCGAGGAGUUCAUACCAAUUCGUAAGAUCAUCUCUACAUUAGAAGAAGAAAUCAAUGAAUUAAUAAGGAGUGAUAACGAACAACUAACAAUUAACCUAAAUCCGAUGGCUGGGGAGUACAUUCCGCUUUGUCAGAUCAAUUCUACAUUAGAAGAAGAUACCAAUGAAUUAAGAAGUAUUAACGAACGUCCAACAAUUAACCUAAAUCCGAUGGCUGGGGAGUAUAUCCCACUUUGUCAGCGUAACUCUACUUUUAAUGACGAUAGUAAUCUAUUGACAAGGAGUGAUAACGAACGACUAACAUUUAAGCUAAAUCCGAUGACCAAGGAGUUCAUCCUACUUUGUCAGAGUAACUCUACAUUUGAUGACGAUAGUAAUCUAUUGAUAAGGAGUGAUAAUGAACGACCAGCAUUUAAGCUAAAUCCGAUGGCUGGGGAGUUCAUCCCGCUUUGUCAAAUCAACUCUACAGUAGAAGAAGAUAUCAAUGAAUCAAUAAGACGUAUUAACGAACGAACUGAACAUAAGCUCAACCCAAUGACUGAGGACUUUACCCCACUUUGUCAGAGUAACUCUACAUUUGAUGUCGAUAGUAAUCUAUUGAUAAAGAGUAAUAACGAACGACCAGCAUUUAAGCUAAAUCCGAAGGCUGAGGAGUACAUCCCGCUUUGUCAGAUCAAUUCUACAUUAGAAGAAGAUAUCAAUGAAGUAAGAAGUAUUAACGAACGUCCAACAAUUAACCUAAAUCCGAUGGCUGGGGAGUAUAUCCCGCUUUGUCAGCGUAACUCUACUUUUAAUGACGAUAGUAAUCUAUUGACAAGGAGUGAUAACGAACGACAAACAUUUAAGCUAAAUCCGAUGAUCAAGGAGUUCAUACCAAUUCGUAAGAUCAUCUCUACAUUAGAAGAAGAAAUCAAUGAAUUAAUAAGGAGUGAUAACGAACGACCAGCAUUUAAGCUAAAUCCGAUGGCUGGGGAGUACAUUCCGCUUUAUCAGAUCAAUUCUACAUUAGAAGAAGAUAUCAAUGAAGUAAGAAGUAUUAACGAACGUCCAACAUUUAAGCUAAAUCCGAUGGCUGGGGAGUACAUCCCGCUUUAUCAGAUCAAUUCUACAUUAGAAGAAGAUAUCAAUGAAUUAGUAAGGAUUGGUAACGAACGUCCAACAUUUAAGCUAAAUCCGAUGGCUGGGGAGUACAUCCCGCUUUGUCAGAUCAAUUCUACAUUAGAAGAAGAUAUCAAUGAAUUAAGAAGUAUUAACGAACGUCCAACAAUUAACCUAAAUCCGAUGGCUAGGGAGUAUAUCCCGCUUUGUCAGAGUAACUCUACAUUUGAUGACGAUAGUAAUCUAUUGAUAAGGACUGAUAAUGAACGACUAACAUUUAAACUAAAUCCGAUGACCAAGGAGUUCGUCCCACUUUGUCAGAGUAACUCUACAUUUGAUGACGAUAGUAAUCUAUUGAUAAGGACUGAUAAUGAACGACCAGCAUUUAAGCUAAAUCCGAUGGCUGGGGAGUUCAUCCCGCUUUGUCAGAUCAACUCUACAGUAGAAGAAGAUAUCAAUGAAUUAGUAAGGAUUGAUAACGAACGACUAACAAUUAACCUAAAUCCGAUGGCUGAGGAGUACAUCCCGCUUUGUCAGAUCAAUUCUACAUUAGAAGAAGAUAUCAAUGAAGUAAGAAGUAUUAACGAACGUCCAAUAUUUAAGCUAAAUCCGAUGGCUGGGGAGUACAUCCCGCUUUAUCAGAUCAAUUCUACAUUAGAAGAAGAUAUCAAUGAAUUAAGAAGUAUUAACGAACGUCCAACAAUUAACCUAAAUCCGAUGGCUGGGGAGUAUAUCCCGCUUUGUCAGCGUAACUCUACUUUUAAUGACGAUAGUAAUCUAUUGACAAGGAGUGAUAACGAACGACUAACAUUUAAACUAAAUCCGAUGACCAAGGAGUUCAUCCCAAUUCGUCAGAUCACCUCUACAUUAGAAGAAGAUAUCAAUGAAUUAGUAAGGAUUGGUAACGAACGUCCAACAUUUAAGCUAAAUCCGAUGGCUGGGGAGUACAUCCCGCUUUGUCAGAUCAAUUCUACAUUAGAAGAAGAUAUCAAUGAAUUAAGAAGUAUUAACGAACGUCCAACAAUUAACCUAAAUCCGAUGGCUAGGGAGUAUAUCCCGCUUUGUCAGAGUAACUCUACAUUUGAUGACCAUAGUAAUCUAUUGAUAAGGAGUGAUAAUGAACGACCAGCAUUUAAGCUAAAUCCGAUGGCUGGGGAGUUCAUCCCGCUUUGUCAAAUCAACUCUACAGUAGAAGAAGAUAUCAAUGAAUUAAUAAGACGUAUUAACGAACGAACUGAACAUAAUCUCAACCCAAUGACUGAGUUCUUUACCCCACUUUGUCAGAGUAACUCUACAUUUGAUGUCGAUAGUAAUCUAUUGAUAAACAGUAAUAACGAACGACCAGCAUUUAAGCUAAAUCCGAUGGCUGGGGAGUACAUCCCGCUUUGUCAGAUCAAUUCUACAUUAGAAGAAGAUAUCAAUGAAUUAAGAAGUAUUAACGAACGUCCAACAAUUAACCUAAAUCCGAUGACCAAGGAGUUCAUCCCAAUUCGUCAGAUCAACUCUACAUUAGAAGAAGAAAUCAAUGAAUUAAUAAAGAGUGAUAACGAACGAACAACAUUUAAGCUAAAUCCGAUGGCUGGGGAAUUUACCCCACUUAGUCAGCGUAACUCUACUUUUGAUGACGAUAGAAAUCAAUUGAUGAAGAGUGAUAACGAGAUCCCCAAUACGGAAAUUGUUGAACACUUCAUUCCUGGUGCAGCAUAA